UCUGGGCGAGAGACGGCUUCAGCGGCAGCCGACUGACUCAAACUCCGACCCGGUGGAGAGAUCCAUCCAGCCUCUGGUCCGCAACCUGAGCCGGGCGCUGUGGCGGAACCGCGGGGGAACACCGGGGAGAGGCAGGCGAAAGAAGAGAAGCCGUAUUCUGGAUAUAUGCUGAGAUGACACAACAGUGAAAACACUUUAAGUGAGAGCUCGCAACUCUUUCAACACUUUUCUCGACUCACGCCGUAGUCAACACUUAUAGCUUCGAUCAGAAGAAAUCCUCAUCGUCAAAAACCACAAUGUAUCGGUCCACUAAAGGAGCGUCAAAAGCUCGGAGGGACCAAAUAAACGCAGAGAUUAGGAACCUGAAGGACUUGUUGCCCAUCUCCGAUGCGGACAAGUCUCGACUCUCCUAUCUUCAUAUCAUGUCGCUAGCCUGCAUGUACACGAGAAAGUCUGUCUUCUUCACUCAAGAUACAGCUGCAUCGAGCAGUGCUGAGGAAAAUGCGGAACUCCUCUCAUUUCAUGAACUGAAUGAGUUGGUACAAAUGAUGCCAGGUUUUUUGCUGCUGUUGACCGGAGAAGGGAAGCUACUGUACCUGUCAGACAGCGUCUCUGAGCACCUCGGACACUCAAUGGUAGAUCUGGUCGCUCAAGGGGACAGUGUGUAUGACAUAAUAGACCCUAUGGACCAUUAUAUUAUGAGGAGUAACCUGGUGCCUCCAACUUCACCUGACACAGAUCGCUUGUUCCGCUGCAGAUUCAACACCUCCAAAUCAGUGCGAAGGCAGAGUGCAGGCAAUAAACUCGUUCUAAUACGAGCCCACUGCCUGUCACAAACCUCCAGUCAAUCUUCCCCAGGAUCCUACUGGACUUCCAACCCUGUUUGGGUAUGUUUUUGUGCUCCUCUGGAGCCUCACCCAUCCCGAACUGGAACUACCCCUGAAACAUCUUCAGCUCCAGCACUAGAAAUCAGCUUCUUCCUGCCAUGUUUCCGUUCUCAGCAUAGCCGUGACAUGAGACUACAGGAGGCACAAGAGAGCGUGAAUGUUUAUUUGGGUCUGAAUGUGGAGAAUUUGCGCUCACGCUCUUGGUACAGCUUUCUGCAUCCUCAGGAUCUUACACAUGCUUCUGCUCAGCAUUGCAGUCUGUUAAGAGAGGGAGGAGAGGGCAGGGCUGAGAUGGUGGUUCGCAUAGAGGCUGCAGAUCACUCCUGGGUCUGGAUUUACAUGGUCCUGCAGCUGGAAACUGGGGAAACCCCCAUUGUCAGCAACAACUUUAUUAUCAGUGAGACAGAGGCUUGGUCAGUCAGGCAGCAGCUGAGCUCUGAACAGACACAGCUCUCCUUGGUUCUGGGCUCAAGCACUUCUCAACAGGAGAGCCUUAGCUUACAGAGUCCAGAAACACUCUCCAGCCCUGACCAAGUGUUUACACCAGGAAGCAGUGGCCUCUCCGGUCAGUCCUUUGACUUCAGCACUGCUGCAUGCAGUGCAGGUUCCACAGAGGAGCAAGGUGGCAGUUCCUCACUGGAGCCCACACAAGUGGAAAGUGGCCCACGUUCCAGCCUCUCCUCUUUGGAAGAGGAGAGCUUCUUCCAGAAUGUACCUAGUGAACCUGUGGCCAGUCCAUCUUCUGCAUCAUCUCCCAUUCCUGUCACAGUUGCAACAGUGUCUGAAUUGGACUUCCUCACUCAGAAUAUUCUGCUGCCACCAGCAUUCCAGAUAGAUCCUCCUCUACCAGCCUUGCCCCUUCCUCUUCCUCCUGUACCUACCUCUGAGGCCCAACAGACCAAGGAGUUUGUGUGCACGCCCCCAUAUACACCUCAGCUAGGUGGAAGCAAUUUUCCAUUUGCGGAACCUCAUUUCAGCUUUGAUCCAACUGGGGCCACCUCACCGCCACCUCUUGCAACAACUGCAACUGUAACAACCACAGUAGCUCCAUCUAUUUCUCCAUCUGCUCCUUCAAACCCACAAAGCAGCCCACCUCCUCCAACAACAACACUCUCUACUCUGCUGCCACUCACUAUAACAUCUCCAACCACUGAGAUUCUCUUCCCAGUAGAGCCUUGCAGUGGCUCACUCUAUGAGAAACUUCCUCCUACUCCUGACAGUCCAGGUGAUGGGGACUGCACAGUUAUGACUUUGCCAGAGGUUCGUGGACCAUUGUAUGUUGAUGUCCCCCAUGGACCCCUCCCUUACCCACCAGAGGGUCUCCUCACACCUGAAGCCUCACCUGGAAAACAGCCCAGCCUAUCCUUUUUCUCUUCAUUGCGUGAGAGAGAAAAAGAGAGAACAGAGAUCUCCCUUUUAGCCCAGCACAUCAGCAGACUAGCCGAAGGCUUCUACAUAGAUCCCCUUUUCGCAAAGCUGGUUCCUUCCGCCAUCUCUCCACGCCCUCAAUCUCCAUCUCUGGAUUCUAUGGGACUUGAUUCAAUCCCACUGUUGGGGGAAUUCUACCCACUCAAGUCUUGGAAAGGCCUGGACCUGCCCAUUUUUCCUGAUGAUGAGUCUCUGUUUGAAGAGAGCAUCUUAGAGAUCCUUCUUCAGGACCUUACAUCCUCUCCUCCUCACUCACCAACAUCCUCUUCCUCAAGCCCUCCCUUCUCCCCCUCCACUCCUGAGUGCUGGUGCCCACCCCUGCACUUUGAUGGGGUCUCUGCUAUGAGUGCUGGUCACUUCUGUAGCGUCCAGUCGGCGCACUGUAACAAUGUGGCCGGGCGAGGGGUUACUAUGUCACCAGUCAACACAGGCAACAUGGCAGAUGGGAAGGCGGCAGAAGAAAGUGCUAUGGAGACAGAAGUAGCAUCAUCACCUCUGUUCACAGGCAUACCAACAUCUCCACCACUGCAGUUGACUGCCUCGCCCGCCUCCCAAGUUUUGGUGCCUGUCUCCUCACCAGUCAGCCCUGUGUCGCCCGGCCUGCCCUGCGCCCAGUCCCUCCUCGAGGAGCUGGCCGCCCUGGAACACAUGUUUGGGGCAGGUGCCUCGAUCGCCCCUGGCUUGGGGCAACAACCUGAGUUGUAUCAACUCCAAAGUCAUGCGCCACAACAGUGCUUCCGCAAAGAUGAGAGUGGAAGUGAUCCUCCGUUCUAAAAUAAGUCUGUGACUUACUUCAUUAAGUAUGGCAUAUUGUCAUAUUUCAUGGAGCUACUUUUGCUGAAAAGUGAAUAUUAUUUAACUGUAUAAAUAUAUACAUAAUGUAUAUAAUGCCAAAAAAUACUUGAACUUCCUCAAAUCCAUUGAGUGUAAAAUAUCAUGUGCACAAUUGUUCAUCUAAUUAUCCAUUAAUUUAUGUUAAUAUUGGUGCAACCCUUUGGUAGCAAUGCAAUAUACUAGUCUUAAAGUCUUAAGUCCUAACAGGACUAUGAGUUCAAUUUAUGUAUUUCUGCUACAAAUGUAACAUGAGCUUAUAUGAGUGAGAGUUACAGCUCUGACGUUGUAAGUGCAAACUGACUUACAGACUUGCAUUUGUAUUCACUUGUAGUGAAAAACUCAGUUGUGAACUUUGAGGACAUGGAAAAAAAAAAGUUUCUUCAAUAUUUCAGUAAGAAACAACAGAUACCUUAUGGCUCAGUGCUAGUCAUCCAGCAUCACAUACACAUAGCCCAAUGUGUGGAAAGUAUUCACAUGUAUUAGCAUAAUGGAUCAAAAACUGGUUAUUUAAAAAGUAAUCAGUUUCUAAAUAAAUCAACUUCAGCAUAGCUGAUUCAUAUUGUCUCUCAAAUCUUUCAGAUCUUUAACUUUAAUAUGAAUGUCAAAAACACCAUUAUACUGUAAAUGACAGAAAUCAGACUACAUUGGGCUUCGAGUCUGUGAAUGCAAUUCUAGAACAUUUCAUUUCAAAUGUGUAUCAACGUGAUGUACAAAUGUUUCUUUAAAUUGUGAACAAAUUUCACUUUGUGUGCAAGACAAGUCAAGUUUUCACGUUGCUCUCCUAUUGGCCAGUUGACACAAGCUGCAGGGGACGACGCCAGGGAGACGGACAAAAUAUUGUGCAUGGCUUUGCAUGCAUGGACAUUACUGGACAGACAUAUUUCUAGCUACAGUACUUCUGAGAGAUGAAGUAACAAAUUCCACAGCCAGCUACUGUGAUGGGCAUGGCUAGAAGAAAUUGCACUGGACUUUUGCAGCAUCAAUAUUUGUAAUGCUCGCAAUCUGUAGAAGCUCUUGUGUGCCUGCUACAUCAAGAGGAUGCAGAAAUAAGCGAAACAGCACCUUUAUUCAGUGAAUACCACGGUGACAUCGUAACUUUGCUGUCUGCGGUGUGGAGUGGUGACAAAGACUGUGUGGAUGAUUGAUUCUUCUUUUUUGAGAGGGGUUAAAAAACAAAGCAAAGUUUUGUUUUUAAAAAAUGCACUGGAAAAUAGGGAUGGGGUUCUAUUUCUAUUCAAUUACUUAUCGACACGGGUUGAGAAUGGUUCUAUUCCCAUGGUGUCGACAUGCUAACGUAGAGUUGUCUACGGUCAAGUAAAGGAUUGAUUCCUAUGUUCUAGCUAUUUACAUGCUAAGUUUAAAAAUAAAAAGUAUUUUAUUGUAUGUAUGCUGUUUUACAGAAUGGAUGCUUGGUGCACAUGCCUCUAGCUAGGCAUGUUGCGGAAUGGUUAAAGAUUGUAAUCAUUUGUACAUUUGUACAAACAACAGUAUGUACAUAUCAGAGACAUUUCUAUCCUAUGAGAUGAAAACAUACUUGACAUGUGCUAUUUAUGAAGAAUGGACAUUGUGGAUCAGUGUUCUUUUGUCUCGCUGAUAAGUGUAUUUGAUUGUCAAAACAGAGGCAUUUAUAUUAAAGUGCACUUAAAAGUA